GGUUUUUUUACUAUACAAAAAUAUUUAGGGCGGGUUAUAAAUUCAUGAAAAUAUCUGGAACAAGAGCUUUUAGCACUUAUAAGGCUUGUUUACGCCUUAAGGUUUAUGACUACAUUGAUAAACUGGUACCUUUGUUAAAGGAACCUGCUUUAAACAGCUUUAAAAAGCCUUCUGUUUUAAAUAAGAACUUAAGGAUUAAGAAAACUAAGAUUAAGAAGAAACGUCUACAGGAUGAGGUUUUAGAUGAGGAUUCUUAUAAAUGGGAUAGAAUUCUUAGAGGAAAUCCUUAUGUUAAAUUACUUAUAUCACCUAUACGUAGGGAUAUAUUGACGGAUGCACGGCUACCAUCAGGAUUUUUUCUAAGUUUUUUGGCAUGUAAAGAUUCAGAAACAAAUAAAAUAUGGAUUUUACCAAAUGGAUUAAGGCAUAAGGUGGUAAAAAAGGUAGGACAGAGUAGAUGGAUGAAUUGUAAUAAGAAACAUAUAAAAUAUGUGGGAAUGAAACAUUGGAAACGUAUACUUAUUGAUUUUGCACCAGUAGAUGCAAUAUGGAGAAGUGAUAUGGAAGAAUUUGUUUUAAAAGAACUUAGAAAAAAAGUAAUAAUAGAGUUAAAAAGAAUUGAAAACAAAUUUUUAAAUAUGCAGUUAAUAAAAGGGAGAUUUGUUGAAAAUAUAGAAAAUGAGAAAUUGAAGAAAAAAAUAGGAUGUAUUAUACAUAAAUUUGAAGAUGAUAGAAUUUGGUAUUUAGAAAGUAUAAAUGAUCAAGUGUUUAAAGUGCCGGUUAUUAAUGUAUCUAUAUUAUUUGAUUGUGAUGAUAAUGAAAAUGAAUGGGUGAAGAAACUUGUAUUUGAAAAAAGUACAGGUAUACCAUUAGAAAUAAAUACAGUAAAUGCAAUUUUUUGGAUUUGGAAGCUUCGAGGUUAUUUCUAGUAUGGUGAAUGAUGUAUAAUUAUAUCAUAAGUUAUAUCUAUA